AUGUUUCCUGCCGAGGAAACUAUUGACCAGAAUGCAACACUUUCAACACAAGAGCCUGCACAAAAACCAAUCUCUGAACCAACCUUAAAUACAACUACUAGCUCGGGUCAAUCACCCUCGCAGCCUGUAUCCCAAACCCAGCAACCAUCAGCCGUGACAUGCUUUCAACUGCAAAAAACAACCAUGUGUCCUAACCAAGAGGGUGGAAUAUUGUUCACUACUGCUCAGUAUAACGACACUCAAACAUUUGAUUUAUUUAUUGACCAGCGCGCAGCAAAUGCAUCAAAGUAUAUUUCCGAAUUCCAGGCUGGCUAUCAAUGUCCUGCAUUCUCUGGCCAGGGCACAAGAUUUCACCAGUCUCUUAUAUGCUCAAUGCUGAUAGAUGCCUCCACUACCUUGUGCUCUACUACUGUCAGAGUCAACCCUAACAUUGUUCCAUUGUGCAAAGAAACUUGUACAUCAGCCAUCACUUCCUUGCAAGAUAUUUUCAAAUCUCCUAUAUGCUCGCAAUCGCCUUCGUCUGCUUCGUUGGAGAAUAGAAACACAACAAUGAGUGCAUUCAUGUCCUUCUGUUCACGCCAGCCCAUGUCUAGCGCUGUUGGUGGGAAAUGCCUCAAUGGAAGUGCUCAGUUGGGAGAAGCAUCAACAUGUGGAUUUGUCACUACUCAAGAAGCUGCUACGUAUUGCAUUACCAAUGCAUUUGAUCCCUGUUGUGCCAGUGUACCAAAAUCUACAACACCUCCACCUACUAAAAACAAUAGUGCGACUGCCAGACAGUUGGCUCUGCCAACACUCACUCCAUACUCCAGCAAAAAGAAUGUUUUGUUUAUUGUUGUUUUUGCAGUGGUCGGUGUCGUUAUUUUAAUUUUUGGAGCUUCACUAUCUCACUUUGGUAUCAAGCGGAUGCAUGCCAGACAAAUGAAAAUGGCGCAAGAAUCCUAUUUGGCUUCUUUGAAAUCAAAGAAACCAAGAAAGCAUAAUGACCAUUUUGAUUACAACAUGGGCAAAAGCUCUGCCAAUGAUUAUAGCAUGAAAUGGCAGGAAACUCUAAUGAACGGUGGUGGUCAGCGUCGUAAAUCCGGUGGUCCUCGUGGCCUUUUCCCCCAGGACAGUAAUGCAUUGCUUUACCCUCUAUCUGUCGAAAGUGGUGGCCUUAACAGUUUUGCUAAUACAAGCAGCAACUUGAGGAGUCUUGAUUCUCUACGUGAUGCAUCGCACAGUAAUUCUCCCAGCAACCACUCACGUUCAUCCACAAUUGUGCGUGAUGAUCAAGACUCCGAGACAAAUAGUCCGGUAGAGCUUUCAAACAACCAACAAAUUCUCAGCUACACUCAGCCACCCUCUCCAACGCCAGCCACCACUUCUCAAUAUACUGCCCUCAAUGACCGGUUUAUGCGUGCCUUUGCUACAUAUAUUCCCAAAAUGCCUGAUGAGAUUCCUUUGAGCAUUGGCGAUACUAUCCUUGUCUACCAAGCUUAUGAUGACGGAUGGGCAUUAGGAAGAAAUGUCAGCACCUCUGUUGAGGGCGUUUUCCCCAUUGCCUGUGCCGAGUCAACAUCGUAUAUUCCCCCUGAUGAGAUCAGCACUCUUCCCCGAAACGUGGACAACAGAGUUGUAUCAUUGAUUGGAAGUUCAGUGAACGGAAACUAAAUGGUAGCUGAUCAAUUGGCUAGACUCUCCACCUACUUUAAAUUUGAGCCAUUUGCAUUCUAUUUCUUGUAGUUGUAUAUCAAGGGCUAUGAUCCAACAAACAUACAUGGCAAUAUAAAAGCUACACAUGAUUGAAUAUCUGACUGUAUUUUUACAAAUAAACUAUUUUUGAGGCAA